ACUGUAGAAUCAAUCAAAAGGAAGGGAAAUGUGUAAGCUUCUGUGUUGAGAGAGCUCCCCCUCUCUCUCUUUCCUUCUCUCUCCCUCUGUCUGUCUGUGUGUGUGGUGUUUUUUAUAUUUUUUUUUCCUUUUUCUUUUCUCUUUUCUCUUUUGUUCUUUCUUCCUUCAUUCUUCAAAGAUUCCAUCCAUUUCAGGUCCCCCACCAUUUCCACAAUCAUCUCCUUUUAACCUUACUUUGUUUUUUCUUGGAGAAGUUGGGAAAUGAUAUAAUAGAAUUAUAUUCUACUUUUUGUAAUUUUCUCAAAUCAAUUCAAAAUCAUCAUAUCAUUUUGGGCUAAAACAAAGAAGGGAGGGAGGGAGGGAGAGAGAGAGAGAGAGAGAGAGAGAGAGAGAGAAGGGAGGGAAUUUGAUAGGAAGAAGGUGUUUUAGCCUUUUCUAUUUUUCUUAGACUGGAAAAGUGGGUCAUUACCAUUUUGGUUGGAAUUGAAGAGAGAUAAAAGAAUCAAGGUUUGAUUAAGGGUCUGAGUGUUUGGGUCUGGGUCAGGGUCAGGUUGGUGGUGGAGGUGGUGGUGGGUCUUGUUCAUAUCAUCAUCUUAACCUGGACUCCAUAAUCAAUCAGGAAUUCCACCAUAGCCAACACCUUGACUUGAAGCUGUGAGACCUUUAGCUAAAAUAUAUUGGUAACAUGGCUGGGAUUGAUGAUAAUGUUGCUAUAAUUGGUGAUUGGGUUCCUCCUAGUCCAAGCCCAAGAGCUUUCUUUUCAGCAAUUUUAGGUGAUGAUAUCAGUUCAAGAACAAUUCCAGAACCUUUGAGGGAUAAUAGGACUGAAGGGUUCUUUCUAGGAUCUCGAGAGCAGAUGAUGGAAGGAAAUGCUGACGAAAAGGAUGCAACACAAUGUGGUGGUGCUCAGUUUUCAGAACUAUCUCCAUUUUCAGAGCAGAAAUCCAGCUCUCGUGGAGGUCUUGUAGAACGAAUGGCAGCCAGAGCUGGAUUUAAUGCUCCAAGGUUGAAUACAGAAAGUAUUAGGUCUGCUGAACUUUCGUUGAAUCCAGAGAUUCGAUCUCCUUACUUGACAAUUCCGCCUGGUCUCAGCCCGACAACCUUGUUAGAUUCUCCAGUACUCCUAUCAAAUUCUUUGGCUCAGCCAUCUCCAACAACUGGAAAAUUCUCAUUUAUCCCUAAUGGAAACAGUAAGAUCUCAACUUUGGUCUCCGAACCUGGUGAUAAAAGUAAAGAUAAUUUCUUUGAGGACAUCAAUGCAUCUUCAUUUGCAUUCAAGCCUAUUCCUGACUCAGGAUCCUCUUUUUUCCUCAGCACAACAAACAAAAUAAUUCAAGCCAUUCUUCUGCAGCAAUCAUUUCCUAGCAUUGAAGUUUCAGUUCAGUCUGAAAAUCCCUUUCCAUCUCAUGGUGUAGAGCCAACCAAAGUCCAGUCUCAGAAUAGGAACACCCUCCAAGUGCCAUUGGACUUCUCUAGAUCAACAACUGAAAAGGAUAAUGGAGGUAACACUAUAGCAACGGAUAGAAGAGUGUUUGAUAUUGUUGGUGGCAGCGCUGAACAAUCUCCACCUCUUGAUGAACGACAAGAUGAAGGAGACCAAAGAGUCAGUGGAGAUUCUAUGGCUUGUGGUGGUAUUGGCACACCAUCUGAAGAUGGAUAUAACUGGAGAAAGUAUGGACAGAAACAAGUAAAGGGCAGCGAAUAUCCACGGAGUUAUUACAAAUGCACACAUCCAAAUUGUCUAGUCAAAAAGAAGGUUGAACGCUCUCACGAGGGUCACAUAACAGAGAUAAUAUACAAAGGAGCUCACAACCAUCCCAAACCUCCGCCCAACCGGAGGUCAGGCAUUGGAUCAUCGAAUCCACUCAUGGAUGUGCAACUUGAUGUUCCUGAGCAAACAGGACUACAGAGUGGUAUAGAUAAUGAUCCUGCAUGGGCAAGUGCACAAAAGGGAACUGCUGCUGGAACUCCUGAUUGGAGACAUGACAAUGUUGAGGUGACAUCUUCAGCAUCUGUAGGUCCUGAAUUUGGCAAUCCAUCUUCCUCAGUUCAGGUUCAAAAUAGUAGUCACUUUGAAUCAGGUGAUGCAGUUGAUGCCUCGUCUACCUUUUCCAAUGAGGAAGAAGAUGAUGAUCGGGCUACACAUGGCAGCGUAGAUUAUGAUGGUGAAGGAGAUGAAUCUGAAUCAAAGAGAAGGAAAAUUGAAAAUUACCCAACUGACAUUGGAGGAGCUACAAGAGCUAUCCGUGAGCCUAGAGUAGUUGUCCAGACUACAAGUGAGGUGGAUAUCCUUGAUGAUGGAUAUCGCUGGCGCAAAUAUGGGCAGAAAGUUGUCAAAGGAAACCCAAAUCCCAGGAGUUAUUACAAGUGUACUAAUGCAGGCUGCACGGUGAGGAAACAUGUGGAACGGGCAUCACAUGACCUUAAGUCAGUAAUCACUACAUAUGAAGGUAAACACAAUCAUGAUGUUCCUGCCGCUCGAAAUAGCAGCCAUGUUAACUCCGGCGCCUCUAGUACCGGACCUGCACAAACUGGCACAGCUAUUCAAAACAAUGUUCACAGGCCUGAACCAGCACAAGUCCACAGCAGCAUGACUAGGUUUGAUAGAUCUGCUGUAUAUGCAUCCUUCAGCCUCCCAGGAAGGCAGCAGCUGGGGCUAACCCCUGGCUUCUCUUUCGGAAUGAAUCAACCGCCAGGCUUAGCCAAUCUGGCUAUGGCUGGAUUGGGUCCGGGCCAACCCAAGAUGCCUGUCAUGCCUGUUCACCCUUAUUUAGCACAACAACGUCCACUGAAUGAAAUGGGGUUCAUGUUGCCAAAAGGAGAACCAAAAAUGGAGCCAAUGUCAGAACCCAGCUUGAAUCUUUCAAACAAUCCAUCAGUGUAUCAGCAAAUCAUGAGUAGGCUGCCACUUGGACCACAGAUGUAAAUUUUUAUUCUUUUCACUUAUUUUUAUCUUCAAAUCUUAAUUUGUUAUUUGCUAUUAUUAA